CUUCGAGGGUUCGUUCCUCAAAAGGGUUUUGCAGAGGUUUACGCUGCAAAUGUGCAGCAGACUGUUCGAUUUCAAUUCCACGAUGAGAAGAAACGCUUCAAUUUCCCUUCUUCCUUACUUCAAUCGUCUCAAUCUCCGCUCACUUUCAUCCCUCAUUUCCCCAAAUUCGAUUUCUAAUCUCCCUUCAAAUUCUUCCCCUGUUUCAACUCCCAAUCUCAAGCCCUGCACCAUAAACAAUGGAUUGUUCUUCAAGUUCACUCGAUUUCAAGCAAACCCAUCUCGAAAUUUGGAUACCCUUGUGGAGAAACGGCCUGAAAUUUCCUCAAGACAGCGAAAACUCAAGGACAAAUCCGUGCUUGAGGAGUCUUUUGAGUCUGCUGAGACUGUUGAUGAAAUGUUCAAGGCCUUUAAAGAAAUGGAAUCCGCUUUUGAAGAGAAGGAUCUCGGAUUGGCUUCCUUGAAAAUUGCUCUGAAACUUGACCGAGAAGGUGAGGAUCCUGAACAGGUUUUGUUGUAUGCUGAUAGAGCUUUAAAAGCUUUGGAUAAAGAUGAUAAUAGGAAUCCUUCUUUACCUGUUGCUAUGACUUUACAAUUGAUUGGUUCUGUUAAUUAUAGUUUGAAGAGGUUUAGUGACAGUUUGGGGUACUUGAAUAGGGCUAAUAGAAUUCUGGGUCAGUUAGAGGAGAAGGGUUAUAGUGCUGAGGAUAUUAGGCCAGUACUUCAUGCUGUGCUACUUGAGUUGGCAAAUGUUAAAACUGCAAUGGGGAGAAGAGAGGAAGCGCUAUCUAAUCUCAGGAAGUGUUUAGAGAUUAAGGAGUUGAUGUUGGAAAAGGAUAGUAGAGAAUUAGGGACGGCGAAUCGUGAUUUGGCCGAAGCUUAUGUUGCUAUAUUGAACUUUAAGGAUGCUCUUCCCUUUUGUAUGAAGGGAUUGGAGAUACAUAAGAAGGAGUUGGGCAAUAAUUCAGUUGAAGUUGCUCAUGAUAGGAGGCUUCUUGGGGUGAUUUAUAGUGGGCUGGAAGAAUAUCAAAAGGCAUUGGAGCAGAAUGAAUUGUCUCGGAAGGUUUUGAAGAACUGGGGCCUUAAUUCUGAUUUGCUUCGUGCAGAAACCGAUGCUGCUAAUAUGCAAAUUGCACUUGGUAGGUACGACGAGGCCAUUAAUACUCUUAAGGAUGUUGCUCAGCAUACAGAUAAAGACAGUGAACUUCGGGGAGUUGUGUUUUUCUCAAUGGGAAAAGUGUUGUGUAAUCAGGAAAAGUUUACUGAUGCAAAGAGAUGUUUGGAGAUUGCUAGUGGAAUUUUCGACAAGAGAGAAGGAACUUCUCCUGUGGAAGCUGCUGAGGCGUAUUCAGAGAUAUCAAUGCAGUAUGAGACAAUGAAUGAGUUUGACACUGCAAUUUCUUUAUUAAAAAAAUCUCUAGCUUUGCUUGAGAAGCUUCCACAAGAGCAGCACUCGGAGGGUAGUGUUUCAGCUAGAUUAGGGUGGUUGCUACUGUUGACUGGUAAGGUUCAAGAAGCUAUUCCAUACUUGGAGGGCGCAGCAGAGACUUUAAAAGAGAGUUUUGGAUCCAAUCAUUUUGGAGUUGGAUAUAUAUACAAUAAUCUUGGAGCUGCGUAUUUGGAACUCGAGAGACCUCAAUCGGCUGCACAAAUGUUUGCAGUGGCGAAAGACAUUAUGGACGUAUCACUUGGCCCCCAUCAUGCAGAUUCAAUUGAAGCCUGUCACAAUCUUUCAAAGGCAUAUGGUGCAAUGGGAAGUUAUGCCCUUGCAAUUGAAUUCCAGGAGCAAGUGGUUGAUGCUUGGGACAGCCAUGGCUCGAGUGCCGAAGACGAACUUAGAGAAGCCCGACGAACGCUAGAACAAUUGAAGAGGAAAGCUCGAGGUACAUCCAAAUUUGAGCACUCAACAAAGGCCUUGCCCCUCCCUCAAUCCUCAACUUCUUCCAAAACUCUGCAGCCCGAUCUCCCUACCCGUCAGCAACAUCAAUAACCACAACUUGGUCAUCUGAUAAUAUGCCAUUUUACGACUUAAGAUAAUUGAUAUAUCAGAUCACACUCGUUGGUAAGUCAUCCUACAAGAACUGAUAUUUUUAGGGAAAAUAUUUUCCUUUAAAAACUUGGUCAUCUUGUGCAUCGCCUGAAUAUCCUUGAAAAAUAUACGAGACUCCAAGUUUUGCUUGCAUAGUAUAUCCAUCCUGCUGGGAAACAUAUUCAUUGGAAGCUAUAUGCUCAGGAAAGAGACGGCUGCAGUAGCCCGUAGAGUUAUCGAACCUAACGGCUGUGUUUUCUGAGAACUUUGCAUGAUUCUCAUAACUCAUCUUGCAAAAAAGUUCAUAGAUGUUUAUUUAGACUUGUCUUUCAGACUUAUGUGUAUGUAAAUGAGUUUGUAAUUUUGGUUUUAGUUGCAAAACUCUAAUGUAAGAAAGAAAGUUUAUGGGUUGCCUUGAGUUUGGUUUUAAAGAGAAACAUCUCAUUUUGUUCUUGUGUUUUUUCUAAUUUUAUUACUAUUAUCUAUUCAA